AUGAAUUAUACAGCGGAGGAUUUGAAUGAUGAGGUAACACAAUACCUCUAUUUUAAUACUGCACUAUUAUCCUUGUACCUCGUCGUUGGACUCUCAGGCAAUUCAAGUGUCUUAUACAUUUACACUCGCAAGAUGAGAAAGACAGAAGAACGUUACUUCAUUCCUCUUCUUGCUGUGUCGGAUAUUUUUGCGUGUUUGGCUGGAAUAAUUCUUGGAAUUGUUUCGAAUUUCUACAGAGCUAAUUACGUGUUGGAUACAUUCUGUAAAGUGGGAUAUUUUUUCACCUGGACAACGACUUCCAUUUCUGGAUUUUUGAUCCUCUUAAUCGCCCUCAGUCGUCAUUUAAGGAUUUGUCGUCCCACGGGUCUCCAACUUAACACGGUAAGAAAGAGAAGAGCCAUGGUCAUCAUGUCAUCUAUUUCUUUUGUAACCUCGCUUCCGAUGCUGUAUUUUCUAGGAAGCCGUGAUUUCCCAUUUGUGUACAAAGGACAACUAAUAAACACUACAAUAUGUACACUUCGCUUUAGUGAUAGUGCAAUGAAGCAGUUACAAAAUGCUUAUUUUGCUUUUGAGAUUUUUCUUGCUUCACUGAACAUGAUAGUGACAUGUGGAUUAUACAUCCCAGUCGGUGUUACUAUAUAUCGCAGGUUCAAAGUUAUACAGCAAAACAUGAACGCUUCAACCAACGUUUCAUCCAUUUCUGAAGGUGUGCCUGUAUCCAUUGCAAAACGAAGAAUAUGCAUAAGUACGCCAGAACACGAGUUGUCAGUGAUUUCAAAUACUUCCGAAGUGAUGAGCCAAAAUGAAAUGUGCUCGAAAUGCACAACAAGCACAAAUCCAUCAGGAAUAGACUACAAGCAAAAGGUAUCAUCUCUAAAACGCAGGAAAAAUUCAAGACGAAGACAAGUUAGGCAUAACUUCACACUUAUGUUUGCUACAAUUAUCCUAAUUUACGUGUUAGCUUAUUUGCCAACACUUGUGUUGUUUAUGUUACCUGGAGAGGACCCACCCACGUUUUGGUUUACCAGAGGGGCUGUGGAAUUGAACGUCCUUGUGUUUCUUCAGAGGGCCUUUCUUCUGAAUAAUAUUUUAAACCCUUUUAUAUACACUUAUUUUGACUUAUCUUUUCGGCAUGAACUUAAUAACAUUUUAUGUUUCUGUAGAAAAAAGCACUGA